AUGUAUCAACUCUAUAUUUCAUUCCGUCAGACCUCGGUCCGUAUCCAUGCAGAAACAAUCGAAUUCCUAUAUUUCGCAAAUCUUGCUACCGCUAUUCUCGAAAAUAUGGACGAGCAGUAUAUUUUAGCGUUAGCCAUCACUGCAAUUAACGAGGAAUCGAAAGGUCAAACUUCAUUGGUCCCGUCAGAGAGUCAUACAACAUAUACAAAAAAUAAUUCAGAAGCACCAGAUUUUGACAGGACAGCAUUGCAACUAGAAAAUGUCAUGAAAGGUGAUCUUGACACAAACGUAUUCUUUAAUAUCACCAAUUUCUGGAAAGUUUUCUUCGAAAAUAAAGGUUGGUCUGAACAGACCUCCCGCAUUUGGGAAAGCUACCAAAAGUACGAGAAGGCUGAAAAGAAGGAAAGAUCAAAGGAACUCAAGAAGUCGAAAGAGCCAGAUUACAUUCGUGAUAUGGAAAAUUUGCAUAUCGCAAAAGAAGAGAAGAUUCUGGAAGUACACAUGAAAGAAAGGGAGGUAUGGGAUUGGCUCAAUUUCUUCAGUGAAACAUUUUUAAAUCAGCUCAAAGGUCCUUCACCAGAACCAUCGAAAGAUUAUCCCAUAGUCAUUGAAGAGCCUUUCGUCCAGAUAAAAGGACAGUGUUGUCGGACGAAAGUCACAGGACGCGCAAUACAAUCAACUGGCAAGACACAAAUUGAUUUCCUGGUCAAAAGCAUCGACUUGCCCAAGGACGGUCCCGCUGAUUGGGAGAACAUUAAUGUGCUGGGUGAGUUCACCAUAACACCUAUGGUUGACAUAAGGAAAAAAAAGUUUUUGCAAUUAUCAAGGUGUGUUCGAGAGGUGUUUUGUGCUCAGCCAUUGCGUCGGUUUUUACAUGGUUUCUGCUUGUUCGAAGAAGAAUUUGAGCUCUGGGUUUUUGAUCGCUCGGGUGCCUACAGCUCUGGUCCAAAACACAUUGUUCGUGACAAGAAGAUGUUUGUCCGAGCAAUAAGCUCUUAUCUACUGAUGAGCGAUGAAGAACUAGGACGUGACACUUCCAUCAUUCAAAAUGGAGCAGAUAAUUUUGUCCAGUUCCCCGGAAGUGUAGAGGUUCCGGGCCCAUCAUUUAAUAUUAAAUCUAAGCCCAUUGUACAACCGAUGAGACUGAUUACUCGAGGUACUACUUGCUAUGAGUCAAAAGACGAAUUAAGAGUGAUCAAGUACUCUUGGAGCAGUUCAGAAGAAAAUACCGAAGUUAACUUUCUGAAUAUUGCUAAAUCAGUACGAGGUGUCGUAAAUUGCCUUGCGACAGAGAUCGUAUAUGAGACCAAAAGUCACCUACACAACCUGAAUCUUUCCAAAGCUCUGCCCUGGAAAUUAAAUGCUGGCGAAAAGUUCAUCUCCAAGGGAAUUAAGUUAACGGGAGCACCAAAACAAUCCUUGAAGAGAAAUCGCCGGCUAACCAGAAUAGCCAUGACACCACGCGGCCGAGCUAUUUACUCCAGUGGGUCAAUCCUUGAUUUUGUUGCCGGAAUUCGAGAUGCCAUCAAAGGACACGAGGGACUGGUGGGUAAAGAGAUUCUUCAUGGAGAUGUUUCUGAAGGAAAUAUAAUCCUGUUGAAGCCAUCUCCAGAGGAAGACUUAUACGGGAUGUUGAUUGACCUAGAUCAUUCGGUCAAGAUGAAAGGAAAUGUGGCAUUGGAAGAUGAUCGGUCUCUGACGGGCACUAUGAAGUUCAUGGCGCUUGAGAGAUUGCAGCACGCUCGUGACACAGGAAAGUCUAUUGGACGCACUUGUCGUCAUGAUCUGGAGUCAUUUUUCUAUGUGUUCAUUGUUGGAUGCAUAGAAUAUGAAGACGUAUCUGUGGACAAGGCUAAGAAUCUAGAUCGUUGGUGCACUAACGAGGUGGAAAACAACUUCAUAAACAAAAGUUAUGGUGUCCAAAAUUUUGACCAAGAAAUUCUCAAGAAAUUCACGACCAGUUUCAAAGGAGUCAAGGAACUAGCCGAGAAGCUGCGACAAAUUUUGUUUCAUAAUGACGGCAGAUAUAUUGAAACGCCUGUAGACUGUGGACCUUUAUAUGAUAGAAUGAUCAAGGCAUUGGACAAAACUGUCGAGGAUAUCAAAGGUGGAAAAAUCGAAAACAAAAUCUUCAAAUCGCGUCGAAAAUAA